CUGACAGAGCAAAAGGCAACAACUUUUCAGCUCUUGAGCCAUAUGAGUGUCCUCGAUUGUAAAUGAGACCUCAGACUUAUCCAUUGUGCAUCUUGAACCCUGAAGAAGGAAGAAGAAACCAUCUUGCACAAGCCCAAUGUUUAAAAAUGGAAAAGGGUAUUUUAGUCAUUUACGUUUUCGACACUCGGACUUCCUAGUUCCUACGCCUGGAGAAUAUCAAUAGCCGCCAAAGGAUUGAUCGUGCUUUUGCUUCGUAUCGUCUCUGGGUUUUUAAAUAGAGAGACUCGAGAGACUCUGUUUGACAAUAGGGUUUUGAGCUUUCUGAGAGUUUUAUAUAACUUGACAAAGUUUUGAUCUUUCAUCACCGAUCAAUGGUUGGUACGAAGAGAGUUGCUGAUUCCAUCGACACCAACUCGGAUGACACACUCACGAGGAACCGUGAGGUUGAAGUUGAGGCGAUGCUCAGUAGGAGAAAGCAACUAAGGACAACAACGACGAGGACAACAACGACGAGGACAACACCAUUGAGCUUGUCUUCCUCUGCUUCAAAGAUGAACUGGUCUAAAAACGAUGAGCUUGUCAUUCUCGGGGGUAUUGUGGACUAUGAGAAUGAAACGAAAUUGAGCUAUAGAUCUGACUGGGAUGCCUUGUACCGUUAUAUCAAAGAUUGUGUAGAAGCAAAGUUUUCGAAGAUUCAGCUCAUCAAUAAGGUCAAGAACAUGAAGAGAAAGUUUACAUACAAUCAGGGGAGAUCUAACCAUGGGGAACAACUUUCUUUUACUAAUACUGAUGAUGAUGAAAUCUUCAAAUUGUCAUUGAUCAUAUGGGACAAGAAUGAAUCAGAGUAUGUUUCUAAUGAGAAUAUAGACCAAGCUAAGGAUGUUCCUUCUGGUGAGCCAGAGACUAAUGAUGUGCCUUGUGAGGAGCAAGACGAUAGGGAUGUGCCUUGUGAGGAGCAAGAGCGAGCGAAUAUCGAGAUUGAUAAUGGUGUGAGAGAGAAAUUGGACCAAGCCAAGGAUGUUCCUUGUGUGGAGCAAGAGAGUGAGGAUGUGCCUUGUGUGGAGCAAGAGCGGGUGAGUAUAGAGAUUGAUAAUGGUGAGAAAGAGAAAUUGGACCAAACCAUGGAUUGUGAGGAGCAAGAGAAUACGGAUGUGCUUUGUGAGGAGAAAGGCGAUAAGGAUGUACCUUGUGAGGAGCAAGAGAAUAAGGAUGUGCCUUGUGAGGAGCAAGAGCGGGUGAGUAUCGAGAUUGAUAAUGGUGAGGAAGAGAUGAGUAGCGAAGAAGAUGGUGUGGAUGAGGUAGGUGUUAUGGAGGACACACUUGAUUCUGGGAUAUCGUUUCAAGGUUUAGGUAAAAAUGGUGUGAAAGACAAGAGUGAAGAAGAUGAUGUGGUUGAGUUGGGUGUUCUCCAGGAGAUAUUUAAGGAGGAUACAUUUUUUCAAAGUUUAGGUAGAUAUCAACAAAAAUUGCUGCUUCAGAAUUUGGAAAACGUUGGAGUUGAAAGAAGAAAAGAGCUCAUCAACGAAUGGAAGGCAUUGUUUGUUGAUGAGCAGCGAUUGUGUGUCAAGAAACUAACUUUCGCCGCAAAGCUUGCAAACUUAGGAGUUUCUCCUUGAUUCAAUGAAGAAAAAUCUCUGCUUUUGGAAUGAUCUCAUUUUUUUUUGGUUGUGUCAUAUUGAUAAGAAAAAACAUGAUGUAUCCACGAUCCGUUCUUGUUCUAGAGCCAGGUAACUGAGGUAAGUAACAGUUAGAGCUAACCAUAGCAGAUUCUCCUUUUUUUAGUGUUGUGUUUGUUUCGACUCUUCCUUUUGGGUUGGGCUUCGAUAACGAUUGUUCAGGCCCACUAACAUUCUUUUCUUAUUGUGCGUCUGUCUCUUUCGAGAAAAAGACACAAGCACUUAAAGCCAAGAUUCGCAUUUUGCCACAUGCCACUAAUUUCACCUUGUGUUAGAUAUUAUUUUUGUACUACACACUCAACGAAGACCAUAGAUCAACUCAAAAUAUUUAUUACACAACAAUUAUCGGAGAAGA